CUGGCUGAGAAUUGAGGGAGCAGCUAUAUCAAUCCGAGGAAACAGGUGGAAAGGCAGAGACAGCUCGAAGUUCCGUUCUAAAGAGAGAUUUCCCCUGCUUUCCUUUUCCACCGCUCUUUUUGGGGGUGGGAGGGGGGAAGCUAGCCUGCCAGAUUGCAACACCUGUCUUCACUCCGCUUCCUUGCUUGCUGCUGUUGUGACAGAGACGCACUGACAAAGCAGAAGGAGAAAAAAUGCCAGCCAUCCUGGUAGCCUCCAAAAUGAAAUCCGGACUACCUAAACCUGUCCAUAGUGCUAGUCCCAUUGUCCACAUUCCAGCCGCGAGAACCAUCCCACAGCCCUGUUACCUGAAGUUUGGGAACAAGGUGGAGGUGAACAAGUCAGCCUAUGCCAGCCAGAUCCCCCUCAAAUCCCAGAAUGGUCCCGAGAAUGCGGGAGAUGGCUUCCUUCGAAAGAAGAGUAGCUCCAUUGAGAAUGGCUUUGACACACAGAUUUAUACAGAUUGGGCCAAUCACUAUCUAGCAAAAUCUGGCCAUAAACGUUUAAUAAAGGAUCUGCAGCAAGAUGUGACCGAUGGAGUUUUACUAGCUGAAAUCAUCCAGGUUGUAGCAAAUGAGAAGAUUGAAGACAUCAAUGGCUGUCCAAAGAAUAGAUCUCAAAUGAUUGAAAACAUAGAUGUGUGCCUGAGUUUCCUGGCUGCCAAAGGAAUAAACAUACAGGGACUAUCUGCAGAAGAGAUCAGGAAUGGGAAUUUAAAGGCCAUCUUGGGCCUUUUCUUUAGUCUGUCACGCUAUAAGCAGCAGCAGCAGUCCCCAAAGCAACAUUCAGAGCACGCUCCACCCCAGCAACUGCCCACCUUGUCCCAGCAAGCAGGCUCUCCGUCCCCCAGCCAGGUGGGACUACCAGACCAGCAGUUACAGCCACAACCACCGGUGCCAGCUUCGCCUCAGACUCAGUGCCAAUACCCCCAGCAAGCAGCACAGCUUCAGUUAAAAGCACAACCAGAAAUGCAGUCCAGUGCAUCACCCAGGGACUCAUCUCAAAGCAAAAUCAUCCGAUUCUCUCUCGGUCAGAAAAAGACUUCUAGGCUUCCAGGUCCUACCACGAGGGUUUCAGCUGCAGGCAGUGAAAUAAAAACCCGUGGUCCAGCAAGUGCCAACAAUCGGCGCAGCCAGAGCUUUAACAACUAUGACAAAUCCAAACCCACAAGCCCACCAUCCCUUCUAGCAAGCAGCAGUGAGAAAGAACCAGCAGACAGUUUAGACCCCCAGCCCACAGGAAUGAAUGAAAAUGCACCCCCUUUGGUUCAAAGCAGCAGUAGCAACAAUGCUGCCAGUUGCAAUAACUCUUCAGCCAUCCCCCAACCCAAUUCUGCAGUUAAACCUUGGCGCAGCAAAUCACUGAGUGCUAAGCACACAACCACAUCAUCCAUAUUAACUGUAAAACAGCAGGUUCAGGAAUCUCCCAAACCCCUCCCAGAGAUGGUCAAAACCACUCCCAAUGGUCAGAAAUCGAUGCUGGAGAAGUUGAAACUCUUCAAUACAAAAGGGGGUUCCAAAGCAGUAGGGUCAUCUCUUGAAUGUCCAGGGUCUCGGGACACUAGUUGUGAAAGAUUAGAGGGCCUCUCAAAUUUUGAAGAAAGUGAAGAGAUGGAGGCUGCAAAUCGGAACUUAAACACCCCAGGACCCACAUCAAAUAGUCCCAAAAUUGCACUUAAGGGAAUUGCACAACGAACAUUUAGUCGGGCUCUGACCAAUAAAAAGAGUUCCCCAAAGGGCAAUGAAAAAGAAAAAGAAAAACAGAAAGAAAAGGAAAAGGAGAAGGAGAAGGAGAAAGAAAAGGAAAAAAACAAAGAUGUGGCAAAGAGAACUUCUGUGAUAGAAAAAGCUGACAUGAAAGAGGAGCUGAAGGAAGAACAGGUCCCUUCUGCUGUAAAUGAAAUGCCAAAAAAAUCCUCCAAGAUUGCAAGCUUUAUCCCCAAAGGAGGAAAGCUCAGUAGUGCCAAGAAAGAAGCAGCUGCCCCUUCACACAGUGGAAUACCAAAACCAGGGAUGAAAAACACCACAGGGAAAUCCUCAAGUGCCCCAAGUUGUUCUGCAAAGGAAAAUGAACGAAGCCGAAGCGCAAAGCCAGCCUCCAGCCUCUCUCAUCAAAAAGCACAGCUAGAUAGCAAGAAUUCAAGUUCCACAUCCAGUUUAGCUUCCUCUGAUGGGAGAGGGAUGGGAGGGUGGUCAGUUUUAAGUGCCAGCAGCAGCAGCCAUGCUGUCAAUGGGCCAACCAACAGUACCACCCAGACAACAGGAAGCAAUACUGUGAGUGUUCAGCUACCUCAUCCGCAACAGCAAUACAGCCAUCCAAAUACUGCCACAGUAGCUCCAUUCAUGUACAGAUCCCAGACAGACAAUGAGGGGAAUGUAACAGCAGAGUCCGGUACUGGAGGAGGGAGCACAAGCAUGGAAUCUGCUCCCUGCACAAAAACUGGACAACCUAUUUUAGAAGAUCUUUCUGGGGAAGAUCCAGAAACCCGCAGGUUACGAACUGUCAAGAAUAUAGCUGAUCUUCGGCAAAACUUGGAAGAGACCAUGUCUAGCUUACGAGGAACUCAGGUCUCCCAUAGCACCUUGGAGACCACCUUUGAUACUAAUGUCACCACUGAAAUAAGCGGGCGCAGCAUCCUCAGUUUGACAGGCAGGCCAACACCCUUAUCUUGGAGACUUGGGCAGUCCAGUCCCCGUCUUCAGGCAGGUGAUGCUCCAUCAGUGGGUAAUGGAUAUCCACCAAGAGCCAAUGCCAGCCGACUCAUCAACACAGAACCAGGGCGUUACAUGUAUUCAGCACCAUUGAGAAGACAGCCAGCAUCUCGGGACAAUAAUGUUUGCCACAUGGAUAUCACAGACAAAGGAGGGGAUGAAGUAGAUCUUGAAGGAAUCAACAUGGAUGCUACAGGUUAUAUGAGUGAUGGAGAUGUCCUUGGGAAAAAUAUAAGGACUGAUGAUAUUACAAGUGGGUACAUGACUGAUGGUGGACUGGGCCUUUACACUCGAAGAUUAAAUAGACUUCCUGAUGGAAUGGCUGCUGUACGGGAAACUCUGCAACGGAACACCUCACUGGGUCUUGGUGAUGCAGACAGCUGGGAUGACAGCAGUUCUGUCAGCAGUGGUAUCAGUGAUACCAUAGAUAACCUCAGCACUGAUGACAUUAAUACAAGCUCCUCCAUCAGCUCUUAUGCCAACACCCCUGCAUCCUCACGGAAGAACCUAGAUUCCCAGACUGACACUGAAAAGCAUUCCCAAGUGGAGCGGAAUUCCUUGUGGUCUGGUGAUGAAAUAAAAAAAUCAGAUGGAGGCUCAGACAGUGGUGUAAAAAUGGAGUCUGGAUCUAAAUGGAGAAGGAAUCCCUCUGAUGUGUCUGAUGAAUCUGAUAAAAGCACUUCUGGAAGGAAGAACAUCGUCAUUUCACAGACGGGAUCCUGGAGACGGGGCAUGUCAGCUCAAGUUGGCAUUACCACGCCAAGGAUGAAAACGGCAGCCACCUCAGGAACUUUGAAGACACCUGGGACUGGGAAAACUGAUGAUGCCAAGGUUUCAGAAAAGGGUAGAAUUUCUCCCAAAUCUGGAAACAUUAAACGUUCCCCUUCAGAUGCUGGGCGAAGCAGUGGGGAUGAAUCCAAAAAGCCUUCCACAAAUAACUGUAGAACAGCUACUACUAAUACAAACAUGUUUGGAUUUAAAAAGCAGAGUGGGUCAGCUGUAGGUGUGACUAUGAUUACAGCUAGUGGAGCAACUAUUACUAGUAGAGCUGCUACUCUGGGCAAAAUCCCCAAGUCAUCUGGACUCAUGGGUAGGUCUACUGGUCGGAAGACUAGUGUUGAUGGCUCUCAAAAUCAGGAUGAUGGCUAUUUAGCCAUUACUACCCGAACCAAUCUUCAGUAUCGGAGUUUACCCCGUCCCAGCAAAUCCAGCAGCAGAAGCGGAGCUGGCAACAGAUCUAGCACCAGCAGCAUAGACUCCAACAUAAGCAGCAAGUCUGCAGGCUUGCCCGUUCCUAAAAUAAGGGAGCCCACAAGAGUUACCCUUGGGAGCUCUCUGCCAGGCUUAAUAAACCAGACAGAUAAAGAGAAAGGGAUCUCCUCAGACAAUGAAAGUGUGGUCUCUUGUAGUUCUGUAAAAGCAAACCCAUCAUCUCAGACAACGUCCAGUUCAUCCCAGGGUACUCACCAGCAAGGAGUAAAGUACCCAGAUGUGGCCUCUCCUACACUGCGCAGGCUCUUUGGUGGAAAGCCAAGUAAACAACCUCCCAUCACAACAGCAGAAAGCAUGAAAAAUUCAGUAGUCAUCUCCAACCCACAUGCAACUAUGAACCCACAAGGAAAUCCAGAAUCCCCUUCUGGCAGUGGCAUAUUGAGCAGUGGUGGUAGUAGCCCUCUUUAUUGUAAAAAUGCAGACACAACCCAGUCUCCGUUAGCUUCUAGUCCCAGUUCAGCUCACUCGGCUCCUUCCAACAGCUUGACCUGGGGUACUAAUCCCAGUAGUUCUUCUGCUGUAAGCAAGGAUGGGAUUGGAUACCAGUCUGUCAGCAGCCUGCACACCAGUUGUGAAUCCAUUGAUAUUUCUCUCAGCAGUGGAAGUGGGCUGAACCACAAUUCUUCCAGUGGCUUGACUGCGACGUCUAAGGACGACUCGUUGAGUCCCUUUGUUAGAACGAACAGUGUUAAGACAACCUUGUCGGAAAGCGACCCACAUCUUGAUAGGAACACUUUGCCUAAGAAAGGACUCAGGUAUACACCAUCAUCACAACUUCGCAAUCAAGAGGAAGCAAAGGAAUGGCUACGUUCACACUCUGCAGGAGGUCUUCAGGAUACUGUUGUCAAUUCUCCAUUUUCUUCUGGUUCCAGCAUCACAUCACCAUCUGGGACUAGAUUUAACUUCUCCCAGCUUGCAAGCCCCACCACAGCAGCCCAAAUGAGCUUAUCCAACCCAACCAUGCUACGGACACACAGUCUUUCUAAUGCAGAUGGCCCUUAUGAUCCUUACAAUGACACCCGGUUCCGGAACAGCUCAAUGUCACUGGAUGAAAAGAGCAGGACAAUGAGUCGUUCUGGGUCAUUCCGGGAUGGCUUCGAAGAGGUGCAUGGCUCAUCCCUUUCUUUGGUUUCAAGCACAUCAUCUAUUUACUCAACGCCUGAAGAAAAAUGUCAGUCAGAGAUUCGCAAGCUAAGGAGGGAGUUGGAUGCAUCCCAGGAGAAAGUUUCAGCUCUGACAACCCAGUUGACUGCCAACGCUCACCUUGUGGCAGCAUUUGAGCAGAGCCUAGGAAACAUGACCAUUAGACUGCAAAGCCUUACCAUGACUGCAGAACAGAAGGAUUCAGAAUUGAAUGAGUUAAGAAAAACGAUUGAAUUACUAAAGAAACAAAAUGCUGCUGCUCAGGCUGCCAUUAAUGGAGUAAUUAACACACCUGAGCUCACCUGCAAAGGAAGCGGAACUGCCCAGACCACUGAUUUGCGGAUCCGGAGACAACACUCUUCAGACAGUGUCUCUAGCAUUAAUAGUGCUACUAGUCAUUCCAGCGUGGGGAGCAAUAUAGAGUGUGACUCUAAGAAAAAGAAGAGAAAAAACUGGUUACGCAGUUCCUUCAAGCAAGCUUUUGGAAAAAAGAAGUCCCCCAAGUCAGCGUCUUCUCACUCUGACAUUGAGGAGAUGACAGAUUGCUCACUACCUUCUUCGCCAAAACUGCCACACAAUGGUACAGUGGUAUCAACGCCAUUACUGAGAACUUCGCAUUCCAAUUCCCUAAUUUCAGAAUGCAUUGAUAGUGAAGCUGAAACAGUCAUGCAGCUGCGGAACGAGCUGAGAGACAAAGAGAUGAAGUUGACUGAUAUCCGUUUAGAGGCACUCAGCUCUGCUCAUCAACUGGAUCAGCUCCGGGAAGCUAUGAACAGGAUGCAGAGUGAGAUUGAGAAAUUAAAAGCUGAAAAUGACCGGCUGAAGUCUGAAAAUCAAGGCAGCUGUAGUAGAGCCCAGUCUCAAGUUUUCAUUUCAUCAUCUCCAAGGCAAUCUGUGGGUCUCUCCCAGCACAGUCUGAACCUCACAGAGUCAGCUAGUCUUGAUAUACUGCUGGAUGACCCCAGUGAUGGUUCUUCUCGGAAAGAAGGUGGCAGGCAUGUUAAAAUAGUUGUCAGCUUUCAGGAAGAAGAGAAAUGGAAAGAAGAUUCUAGGCCUCACGUGUUCCUAAUUGGCUGUAUAGGAGUCAGUGGAAAAACCAAAUGGGAUGUUCUUGAUGGUGUUGUUAGAAGACUAUUUAAGGAAUAUAUCAUUCAUGUAGAUCCUGUGAGUCAACUUGGCUUGAAUUCGGACAGUGUCCUGGGAUACAGCAUUGGGGAAAUCAUUCGCACAAAUAGCACAGAAACACCUGAGCUGCUACCCUGUGGCUAUCUGGUUGGUGAAAAUAACACCAUCUCUGUGAAAAUCAAAGGUAUGGUAGAGAAUAGCUUGGAUGGUCUGGUGUUUGAGUCUCUGAUCCCAAAGCCAAUACUACAGCGUUACGUGUCACUCUUGAUAGAACAUAGGAGAAUCAUUUUAUCUGGUCCAAGUGGCACUGGAAAGACAUACUUAGCCAAUCGCCUGUCUGAGUACAUGGUACUUAGAGAGGGCAGGGAGCUGGCUGAUGGUGCUAUUGCAACCUUUAAUGUGGAUCACAAGUCCAGUAAGGAACUCCGGCAAUACCUUUCCAACCUUGCAGACCAAUGUAGUAGCGAAAAUAAUGCAGUGGAGAUGCCUCUUGUAAUCAUCUUGGACAAUUUACAUCAUGUCAGCUCCCUAGGAGAGAUCUUCAAUGGGCUUUUGAACUGCAAGUACCAUAAAUGUCCUUACAUCAUUGGAACAAUGAACCAAGCAACUUCCUCCACCCCCAACCUUCAGCUGCACCACAACUUCAGAUGGGUGCUAUGCGCCAAUCACACUGAGCCAGUCAAGGGCUUUCUUGGCCGAUUCUUGAGAAGAAAACUCAUUGAAACAGAAAUCGGUGGCCAGAUGAGAAAUGCAGAAUUAAUUAAGAUUGUAGACUGGAUUCCCAAGGUUUGGCAACAUCUCAACAAGUUCUUGGAAGCUCACAGUUCUUCAGACGUCACUAUUGGUCCACGACUCUUUCUCUCUUGCCCUCUAGAUGUGGAUGGGUCAAGGGUUUGGUUUACUGACCUGUGGAACUACUCCAUUGUUCCCUACCUUCUUGAGGCUGUCAGAGAAGGGCUACAGUUGUAUGGUAGAAGAACACCAUGGGAGGACCCUGCCAAAUGGGUGAUGGACACUUAUCCAUGGGCAGCUACCCCACAACAUCAUGAGUGGCCUCCUUUGCUGCAACUGCGGCCAGAAGAUGUUGGAUUUGAUGGUUAUUCUAUGCCACGGGAAGGUUCAACCAGCAAACAGGUUCCACCGAGUGAUGCUGAGGGAGAUCCUCUGAUGAACAUGCUGAUGAGGUUGCAGGAGGCAGCUAAUUAUUCAAGUCCACAGAGUUAUGACAGUGACUCCAACAGCAAUAGCCAUCAUGAUGAUAUCCUUGACUCAUCCCUGGAGUCAACAUUAUGAAUCAGAACUAGAAAUGGUUGCUUCCAGUGGUCCAUCCUUUGCCUCCCUUAGAAAAAUGAAUCACCAAGCCAUGGAGAGAAUUGAUCCUUGGUCCAGAAGGACAUCUCAGUAUUAGAGCUGCAAGAACAAUACAGUCUCUUCCACCCUCUCUGCCUCCCCCAUUCAGUGUCAAAGAUGGGUGCAGGCAACCCAGCUGAUGUUUUAUAUCUUGUGUUUCGUUUUCCUUACUAAGAACUGCACUAUUUUGUUUUUGUUUUGUUUUGUAGUUUACAUUGCUGUGAGCUUACAUGCCUACAACACCGAACACAUUAUUUUCAUAAAAACAAUGGUGCUUUAUCUAGUUGUGUCUGUCCCUUGACCAAACAGCAUCUGCUUGUGGAGUGGAUUCCCAUUAUGUCUGAUUCCCUGCCACAAAGCCCUAAAUCUUCUCCGGUAUUUAAAGGGACUUCUGGAGUAGAUUUCAUUACAUGGGUGCAGGGGAGGAAAGCAGGGGGAAAUCUGAAGUGCAAGAGAGUUGUGUUUAAUUCACAUUAAGAUGUACUCCAUUAGUCAUCAUAAUCUCUGGGGAGAGUGAGUUGGAAGCAAUAAACGGAAAAAAAAACAUUCACCCAAGUUACGUACCCAAGAAGCAUUGUGCUGCAUCAUAUCCAAAAAGGGAGUGGAUCGCAGCUACGCUGCUUCUGUACAAACUCACUAAUGGCUGAUUUUUCCAAGUCAUUUUUUUUCAGUCUAACCUCAAAUAAUUCUGGUGCUGUAAUAAUUGCUUGCCUUGGUAAUAACAUUCCAUAAAAGGCAAAGAGGUGAGAAACAGGAAAGUUUAAAAUAUUCACAUAUACAUGCAAAAAAGAGGUCUCCAGUUUGAGACCCUGGUCUCUUGUUUUUAUUAUUUCACUAGAACCAAGCAUUGGGCUCAAUCCCCUGAGCUCAGCAGUUGCACAUCAUCUUAAAAUCGCCUCUGAAGCUGCCAGUGUUAAUUAAAGCAAAAAUCAUGGAGUAUUUUAGCCAUGAUCCAAAGUAUGGGAACAACAUAUAUAAGAGAAACCAAAACAAGCUGCUGGAAUUUCUUUUCAUGCUUGCUUCAGAAUUCUCACUGCUGAAGAGACGAGUUUCUUCUUAAGCCUGGAUAUCGGCUUUUCUCUGCAACCAGAAGAUGUGCUUUAUAAAAAGUGAAGACAAAGCUCCAGUCUGUCUGUCCCUGGCUUCAUAACCAUUCUGUGGAUACCAGCCUCAAGUAUAUAACAUGUGGGUGUCAUUUCCUCAAACUAUUCAUUCAGGUUUUGGGAUCAUUCCAUAAUUAUAUCAAAUAUUCAGCAAAGCUUGGAAAAGACAAUUGUCUGGAUUGAAAAGAUUAUUCCGUUCUUCCACUGUAUAGUACAGUUCCUUACUCUCUUGUCCCCUUGACCUCAUGUCAUAUAGCGAUCUGUCUCUAAAGUUCCAUUCUUCUAAAUGGCUUGCUGUGAGACAUGAGAAGCUUCCAUUUUAUUGAGCAGUGUAAAGUCUCUUGGGGUUAAUGGUAUUCAGUUGUUUUAAUAUUUGGAAAUGGUAUCUGUUUUUACUUGUCCUGUGCAGACACGUUCUUUCUGCACAAAGGGUAAAUGAGGAGCACAUCUAAUAGCUACCACCUAGCAUGCUAAGCCCUGUUGGUCCUGUCUCCCUAACAUCUUUAUGUUGAAAUGGCAGUCAGAAAUGAUCUCUGGACGUCCUUUGUCAGAGAUUGCACUGAAUGUGGAGGCAUUAGCAUGGAGCCAGGGAGAAAUGGUAACUUGGAGAAUGCAUCUAGGAGGCAUGCCCUGCAUAUAAAGAGAAUACUUGAAUGAAAGGUGCGGUGCCUAUUAAAUUUGGUAUUGUGCUUUUCUAAGAAUACAAUCUUAGGUUUUUAUAAGUGGUCACCCAGGACCACUUUGGUUUUCCCCUUCUGAGAGGAAAAAGAAAAUCCAAGCUCCUUGCCCCGCGAAUUCUCUAAGGCCUGUGUAGGAAUCUGUUAUUAGAAAGGAUAGCCUGCAUUGUGCUGGAGGUGGAGCAGGGAACACACCAAAAGGGGCUGCAGAUCCUUUGCAUUCAAAGCCCUCCAAGUUCCCAGUUGCAGCCUCACUUUGGCUGUUAAUCUCCUCCAGCUCAGGAACUGGGGUGGAUUUAUUUCCUUGUGGUGGUUUCAGUCAGACAGAUUCUAUAAAAUGGGGAAAAAAGCUGCCCAAGAAGGCUCCUCUCAUUCAAGCACUCAGCAAGGCUGAAAAUGGUGCCUUAGGUUCAAACUUCAAAGCUCUCUGAAAAGACAGGAUUGCUUUGCUAAUUCCUUAGGGCAAAGCAUUAGGAUUCCUCAAGAAUCACCUCGUAUGAAGAUACGGAUAAAUAUCUUCUUGUCAGAGUCAUUGCAUGUGAAUAUAUGGAUAAAUAGCUAUCUUCAACCAUCCCAGACAAAAAUUGGGGCUGGACAUUAGUGAAUCAUCAUAAUAAACUUCCUCUUUUUAAAAAAAAAAAAUGGUAGAUUUUUACUCCAUUUUACUUAACCAAGUCAUAAGUAAAGGAAAGUUAUUUCUAUAAAGCUUUUUUGGUUUUGGUUUUAAACCAAUAACCAAGAAGAGAACAUGACUCUGUGGACCUCUUUAUCCUUCUCAUCUCUGAAUGCACAGAAGAAAAGCUAAUGGGGUGGGGCGGCGAGUGUGAAAAACAGCUUGGUGCUUCUGCUGGGAAAUGAGAAGAUUCGCAAAGAUUUGGACACCAACUGGUGUCAUUUGAAAACAAUAGCUGAUAUUAUGUCAGCUGUCUCAGGCUAUACGUCAAACUAGAACUGAGGUUCUCAACAACACACACGCACACGUGAACACAUGCAAGCCUUUUCAGCUAUCUUUGGGUGCUGAUUUUUUAAAAGUGAUGCCUUACCGACUUUCUACAGUUGUAUUUUAAUUCCAUUAGUGUUGUAGAUUGUGAUUUUUUAAAGAACUAAACAAAACAGGGCUAUAGAAGUCAUCUCUUGAAGUACGCUGAUGUGAGUUUCUGUGGGUAUCGUUUGUAAUAAGAUAUCUGAUACCCCUUGUUUCUAAACAUAACAAAAAUCGAGGAAGAGAUACAGGAAGAGGGAAACAGCUUUUUAAGAUCUCUACAUCAACUUUUAAGCAACAUUUCAUUGGAUGUUGUUUAUCCAAUCGAGACAAAAGCAAACCUUUUUUGUGGCGCUGAAUGGCAUCAUGACUAAAAGAAAAUGUUUUGUUCUGUUUUAAAAUAUGCAGGUAGAAUAUUUGCUACAAUUUUUAAAGGAGUGUUUAUAGGAUUAAUAUGCAACAGACACAAGGUUGCACUACCAUGGCAAACUUACUGAAUGGGUAGCUGUUCUUAUACCUCAUGAUUUUCUGCUUUUAGUGAACUCAACCCAUUGUCCUUUGAGCUUUUUGUGACCUUGGUAGCAUUAUAUAUGUUGUUCUUAGUGUAACAAAAGUAACAAUGGGCAUUAACUGUUGAAUCAAGUGCAAAUUCUUGAGUGUUUUUUCCUUAACAAAGUAGAAAAAAAAGUCUAAUGAUAAUUCUAAUCUGAUUACUGAAAAUGGACCAGAGAGAUUCAUCAUGAAAGCCGUCUGGGCGACCUUGGGCCAGUCACUCCCUCUCAGCCCAACUCACCUCACAGGGUUGCUGUUGUGGGGAAAGGAGGAGGAGGAGGAAGGAGUAUGUGGUAUGUUCGCCACCUUGAAUUAUUUAUAAAAACAAUAAAGGGGGGAUAGAAAAUAAAUAAAUAAUCCUAAAGUGAUCAGACUACUAUAUUAGGCAAAGCGAGCUCUUCAGCAUGUUCCUUCUGCUUUCUUAGCAGGAACUAUGAGAUGCAAUGCAAUGCUUGAUCAAAUAUGCCAGGAUUGCAGGAAGAUGAUUUCCAGGAGCGUUCUCUUCCUACCCUUCUCCUUGAUACAAACAGUUUCGAUUUGUAGAAUUUGAUUAGUCUAGAAUGAACAUUCAAGUAUGAGACCCCCAUGUAUUCUAAAGCGGUACACAAUCUUGGUUUUUUUUUUUUCUCCACUAGAGAAAAACUCUCCAUUAGAAAAGAAAUUGCCAUCUAUGGAAAUGAUUUGGAAGGAAAAGUCCUCCGCUGGAGGAAGAUGGUCUGCGUACUUUCCAAAAGGGUAGUGGAAGAGAAUAGCAUUUCCCCAUCAGAUUUGGCAAGGGACGUAGCAAGAUCGAUGUGGCGAUCAGCCAUGCUUUCAGUAAGCAGCAGUCACACAUUACAUAUAAGUUCUGUGAAUCUAUGCAGGGUGUCAUUUUCCUGCUAUUUACCUGCUAGGAAAAGAGGGAUUGCAUCUAUUUGUUCCAGACAAAUCUGGUAUUGUAAUAUAAUAGGUUCCUUGAUAUCCACGUCUAAGGCUAAGUGAAGCCUCUCAGGUGUUUUCAAUUACAGUUCAAUGAGCUUGCCUGCAUGUCCAGUCAUCACAACAUGGGAGCUGUAAUCCGCCUGGAGAGCACCAAUUUGCCAAUAUUGGCAACUUUGUAUAUAGAGAUGCUCAGGAAGUCUGUCCAUCUGAUCCAAAAUAGCAACUGGCCUGUGGAAUAAGCAAACAGUCUAGUUACAUCGUUUGUAUGAUGGCCAAGAGAGUGAAGUAUAAAUCUGACUCUAUUGAAACAAAUAUUUAGAAUUGGUUCUUAUGUAUCUUUUUCUAGUUCCCGCUGAAAGUGAUUUCCAUAGAGAUGCAAUGUGUGGACACUUAUUCUUUGACAACAUGACUCCCUGUAAAUGUAUUUAAAAUAUGCAAAAUGUCUUUCAUAAGAAAUUGUUGCAUAUUGAUCACGAUCCAGCCAGUUCCUUGUGCAUGAAUGCUCUCGACUGCAUAUUCUGGGGGCAAGAGUUCAACUGAAUAUUUCGAAGGAAGGGAAGCUCUUUAAAAAAAGGGGAAGUAAAAUGAUUGGAGGAAUGGUCUUGCGUUGAAGAUUUGCCUACGUAUGGCUACCUCAAGUGGCACAAGAAAUGGUUCCUCGAAUCGUAAGGCUGACAAAAAUGACAUCUAAAUUAUGACCCAGGUUGGCAGCUGAGUUGACUCAGCCUCAGAGUCUCGUUUAUUGACGCCUUUAAUUGAGUCUCAAAUGCUGCCAGCUGUUCUGUUGCCAUAAAUAGAAAAGAAUUUGAACUUUUCUUGAUCUCUAAUAGAAAUUGCUUAGAUUACUGAGAAAUGAUUCACAUGGAAUCUUGCUCUUUUUAGUUAUCACAAACUGUAACUUCUAAAACUUCGGGAAGCAGGGUUGCCUGUUACGCACAUUUUUUAACUGUCUCAGUUGAGGUGUACCUUUUCCUUUCAGAAUGACAAAAUACUUCAUCCAGAUUUCUUCCAGUUUUCUGCUUUGUCCCCCGCUCCCCAGCUCCCCAUCCCAGUACACAAAGCUGGCAUGAUUUCCUGUUGUUUUAGUACAAGACUAUGCAACAUUCUUACUGAGUUAGACAUUGGAAGCUUGCUUUUCUCUAUGCUACACAACUGUCUAGAAUUGUGCAACUCAUAUGUCAUACGUUAGAUACAAUUUUGGUUUUAAGCUGAUGCAGAGAUGGGGAGGGUUUGGCUAGCCUCCUGUUUUGGUAUAUUUUUCAAAAAAAAAAUUCCAACCCUAAAAUACUGUACUGUUAAUACUUUUUUUAUUAUUAUUUUGUGUCCUGAGCUUUGUCUAAAUGUGGCAAUUCCUUUUUAAGGAAAAUGAAAGAAACAAAUGUGGCUAUUAAAUGGAAGGUUGCUGUUUUGAUCUGGUUGUUUCCAGUGGAACCAUUUAUGAGAAAAGUUCUCUAAGAUGUACAUUUUUUUCAUUGUAACAUAGAAAUGUAAAUAAUUGAUUACAAGUGCUGCAUUUUGAUGAAUUUUUUCUAGCCAUUUUUAAAAGAGAAAACUAGGAAUUGAGUAUUUUGUGUACAGUAUGAUCCCUUCCCCCUCUCUAUUUAAUUUUAUGUUUCCAUUUAGGAUUGGAAUUUGCAACUGGCCUGUUUUGGAUCUUACCACCCUUUGGGUCCCCAUCCCUCUCCUUUCCCUCCCACCCAUGUCCUGUGUCAUGGAGAAUAAAGCUAAUGAUUGUACCAGUCUUAAAUUAUUCAUGAUUCAAUAAAUUUGAUGCUUAUUUAUUCAGA